AAGCGGUGCUCUCUUGAUCCACCGAAACGAAUUUUGAAAAGAUGACUGAAAUCUACAGAACAAUUUCAACCGGACGUGGAGACGACGUUUCUCCGACUAAAUGCCGUGAACGUCGUCGUCGGAGAAUUGAGAUGCGGAGACAAGCGGCGGUUUUCGGCGAACCUAGUUCGUCUAGGAAUCGUGAUCGGACGGACAUGGAAGUUUACUCAAGUUUUGACGUUCCAUUGAGGAAACAAGCUCGGAGGUCAGAGAUCGGUGGUCUUCCGGCGGAUAUCGGGGGCUUUUUGGCACCUCCGGCGGCAUCUUCUUGCCAAAAAUCGGAAGCGCCGGUGUGGAAGGGAGAAGAAACGGAGGAUGAGCCGUUGUACGGUAUAGUUUCGGUUAUGGGAAGAUCUCGUAAGAUGGAGGAUUCGGUUACUGUUAAACCGAAUUUGUGCAAACCGGAAGUUAACCGGCAAAGACCGGUUCAUUUCUUUGCGGUAUACGAUGGCCACGGCGGUUCUCAGGUGUCAACAUUGUGCAGCACGACUAUGCACACGUUUGUCAAGGAGGAGCUAGAGCAAAACCUCGAAGAGGAGGAAGAAGGAAGCGAAAACGAUGUCGUGGAGAGGAAAUGGCGGGGCGUGAUGAAACGGAGUUUCAAGAGGAUGGAUGAGAUGGCAACGAGUACAUGCGUGUGUGGGACUAGUGUGCCGUUGUGUAACUGUGAUCCGAGGGAGGCUGCGAUUUCGGGUUCAACGGCGGUCACUGCGGUUUUGACGCACGAUCAUAUUAUUGUAGCCAAUACUGGUGACUCACGUGCGGUGUUGUGUCGAAAUGGAAUGGCUAUUCCUCUGAGUAACGAUCACAAGCCGGAUAGACCAGACGAGCGUGCGAGGAUUGAAGCAGCUGGUGGUCGAGUUUUAGUAGUGGAUGGAGCUAGAGUUGAAGGAAUUCUAGCCACGUCCAGAGCCAUAGGGGACAGGUAUCUAAAACCAAUGGUAGCAUGGGAACCAGAAGUAACAUUCAUGAGAAGGGAAUCUGGAGAUGAAUGCUUAGUAUUAGCAAGCGAUGGGCUUUGGGAUGUACUCUCGAGUCAGCUAGCUUGUGACAUAGCUAGGUUUUGUCUCCGCGAAGAAACUCCCUCGAGCCUUGAUUUAAAUAGAAUGGCUCAAGAAGACGACAAUGACGGAGAACAAAAUCCUUCAAGGAGUGUAUUGGCUGCAACGUUGCUAACGCGGUUGGCUUUGGGUAGACAAAGCAGUGAUAAUAUAAGUGUGGUCGUCAUUGAUCUCAAGAAUAGCUCUCAGUAAAACUAGUUUUGGAUCCUUUUUUUGGUGGUUGUGCAAUUAAGUGGUUAAACCAAAGAAUAAGAUGUUGAUAUAGCGAUGAGCCUUAAUUAGUUUUAGGGUUUAGCGCCCGUCUUUGUUUUGUUAUGAAUUGGGGUUACCAAUACACAUUAACACCGGCGAAUGUGAAAGGAAAAGAGAGUUGUUUGGAUAUGGGCUACAAGGUUAUUUAGUGGUUUGGCCAUGGGCUAUUAAGGGUAUUUAGUGGUUUAAACAAUAAAAUAAAAGUUAACUUGAGAG